AUGGAAAACAAAAAUUUAUCAAUAUAUUUGUUAAAUUUUGUGACAAAUGCUCUAAUAAAUUUCGAUCACGGAAUAAUACCAGCAUGCACAACUGAUAUGAAAUUAGAUUUGGGGAUAGAUGACAUUGGAUUAGGUUUUCUGGGGUCAUCAGUUUAUGGAGGACUUGCACAGGCAUAUUUGGCAAAUUUAAAACUAAGCAUAUAGUUACAAUCAGUGUAUUAUGUUGCAUACUAAGUUUAUCUCUAUUUAUUCUAACUAAAAAUAUAUUUCUCCUAUUUUUAUCGAGAUUUUUAACAGGAUUCUUUUAAGUACACAAUAUUAAUUUAUUUGGUGUUCCUAGUAGUUUUUUUCCCUGUUUGGAUAGACUUAUUCGGUGAAAAUCAUAAGACUAUGUGGCUAACAUACAUGUAAUUAGGAGUAGCUUUAGGAACUGUUUCAGGAUAUUUAGUGACUUCAUUAUCACUUUAUUUUUCAUAGAGUUGGGUCUAUCCAUAUUAUUUGUAAAUACUACUGCUAAUACCGUGUUUUUUGGUUUAUAGUUUGAGUGAUGAAAAAAUGUUAUCAAAAUAAGAUUAGGGGAAAACAGAUGAAUAAAAAGAGGAUUUUAAGACAAUAUUUUUGCAGAAUUUAAAAACAUUUUUUUCGAAUCCUAUUUUUGUAUUUUCUAUGCUCUCAUUAAGUUCUUUGUUUUUUGUUGUAACAGGAGUUUAAUUUUGGAUAACAGAUUAUCUUAGAAAUGUGUUACUGAUGCCUUAUGAAGUUGUGUUUAAAUCAUUCUUGAUAAUAUCGUUGACUGCUCCUCUUACAGGAGUAUAUUUGGGUGGCUUAAUCUUAAAUAACUUUGGAGGGUAUGAUGGAUCGAUGGCAAUUAAAAUAGCAGCAUUUGAAGCCUUAUUAGCAAGUAUAUCAGGAGCAUUCAUUCCAGCUUUAAAUGAUGGAGCAUUUGCCUUACUUUUCUUAUGGUUCUUACUAUUCUUUGGGGGAAGUGCUGUUCCUGCAAUCAUGGGUAUCAUGAUCACUUCAAUUCCAAGAGAAUAAAGAUCAAGCGGAAACUCAUUAAGCCAUUUAUUUCAAGAACUUUUAGGGUAUUUGCCUGCCCCUGUACUUUAUGGCUAUGUAUAAUAAUCAACUGGAGGUUCAACAUCCCGUUGGGGAAUGAUUCUUUUAUCUACUGUUGGAUUCUUUGGUUUUUUCUAUAUAGUUUUAGCAAUCGUUUGGAAAUCUAAAUAGACUCUCUAAUAAAGUCCCAGUUUAGAUGAAUCAGAGUUAAGAGACAGAGUUCCAUAGUUAGAUAUAGUUGAUAAGAAAGAUACUAUAAAAAGGUCUGAUUUUGCUUAAAUCCGAAUGCAGACUUCUAUAUAAUCAGGAAAAUCGAUUACGAUUCCUAUCCAAUAGGAACAAAUUAAUAAUGAAGGUUAAAAUGAAAAUUAGGUUUCUUUGAUACAUAGAAAUCAAACAUUCAAAACAAGGGAUGCGUAUCAAAGGUAAGCUUCGGUUUUUUAAGCUGUAACCAAUUUUUCUAUUCUUCUUGGAAGAGGCAGUUUGGAUAAUGAUUUAUUUUCUAUUAAAAAUAAUUAAGAAAGGAAAUAAAUUUAAGACUAAUAAAAGGAAAUUGAAUUGCAAGUGGCUGGUGGAUACUAUUUAGUAAGUGAAGGGAGAUAUGUAAAAUUUGAAGAACAUUGA